AUGGCGAAAGGAACAAGAUCUUCUGAUAAUUCUCCAACAGAAAUGGGGGAAUUGAAGGAAAUGAUGCAGAAUAUGGCAGAAAAAAUGGGAACGAACAAAUUGAUCACUAAUCGAGAGUCUGGGAGGGAGAGAACUCCUGUAGAAGGUGGUCCUUCAACUGCAAGACAUCUUGAUGAAAGAAUUCAUCAUUCUGAGGAGAGAAGUCACAGACCCAGGAGUCCUACCAGUUACAACACCCAUCAUUCAAACUUCUCAAGAUGGUCCCGAAUGGAAUUCCUUAGGUUUGCAGGGGAAGAUCUGAGAUCGUGGUUGUUCAAGAUUGAGCAAUUUUUUUCCAUGGAAAAUGUAGCUGCAGAGGAAAAUGUAACAGUGGCUGCAAUGCAACUGGAAGGAGAAGCCAUCCAAUGGCAUCUUUCUUUCAUGAGAUACAGACAGUACUUACAACCUGCUACUUGGAAUGAAUAUGUGAUGGCUAUGGUUGAACGGUUUGGGACUGAUUUUGAUGAUCCCAUGGACGAGAUCAAGAAGGUUAAACAGAUCGGUUGUGUGAAGGAAUACCAAGCUGUAUUUGAAAUGAAUUUGACAAGGGUGAAUUUAUCACAGGAAAAUGCUAUUAGUUGUUUCAUUGGAGGACUGAAGCAUGAACUGAAUCUUGCUGUGAAAGUGACUAACCUCUCUACAUUGGCUCAAGUUUACAGAAGUUCAAGGCUACAAGAGGCUUAUAUAGCAGCAGUUAGACAACCCGCACAAGUAAAUUCUCAAGUAAAUUCAAGAAAAUUCACAGAACAAAGAAAUUACAACAGCAAACCUAUUCUUCCUACACCUGGAUUUGGGGGUUCUAACGGGCCUAGAGGAAUGAACAGGAGAACACUAAGCGCAGAGGAGAUGAAUGAGAAACGAUCAAAAGGAUUAUGCUAUUUCUGCAAUGAGAAGUACAUUCCUGGACACAAGUGUAAGAUUUCCAAACAAUUGUAUCUGUUAGAAAUAGAUGAAACAGAGGAAUUCCGAGAAAGUGAAUGUCUGAUGGGGGAACAGGAAAGGCAAAUACAUGAGAAGGGAUUUAAUACAAGGGAAAUGGUCCAACCUGCAGAACAUAUGGAGAUAUCUAUGCAUGCGCUAAAUGGAUCAUUAGGAUAUAGAACUUUGAAAGUGACCGGUUGUGAGAUCAGGUCUACUUCACCUCAGUUGGUUGCUGCAGCAAAUGGCAACAUGAGGGUGGACAAGAUGACCACUAUUACUUGGCUACUCCAAGGAGCUGAAUGUACAGCUGAUUUCCUACUGUUGCCACUUGGAUGUUGUGGAGUAGUUUUGGGGGUCCAGUGGUUGCUCACUUUAGGAGAUAUAAAGAUGAACUUCAGGAAUCUGACCAUGGAGUUUUGGUACAAAGGAAGGAAGCAUUUACUUGGGGGAGCUGGCAACCAGAUGUUAACUGUUGGUGCUGGGAAGUUAGCAAAACAGUCAGGUAAUCAAUCUCAACUUUGUAUGAUUCAUGUAAUGCCAAUGGGAAGUGAAAAAGUGAAAGCUCAUGAGACAGACAAUGUGCAGGACAUGAAAGGUGAUCCUAGUCUUUUAGCCUUAUUAUCUGAAUUUAAAAAAUUGUUUGAAGAACCUAAUUGUUUACCACCUUCAAGAGGUGUUUUUUAUCAUAGAAUUCUGUUGAAAGCUGGGACAGAACCUAUGAACAAGAGGCCUUAUAGAUAUCCUUCAGUUAAAAAGGAUGUUAUUCAGGGGUUAGUUCAACAGAUGUUAGAUCAGGGGAUUAUUCAGCCUAGUUGUAGUCCAUUUACAUCUCCUGUUGUAUUGGUUGGAAAAAAAGAUGGGUCAUGGAGACUUUGUGUUGACUACAAGGAUUUGAAUAAAUUCACUGUAAAAAACAAGUUUCCCAUACCUAUUGUUGAGGAUCUCUUAGAUGAGUUGGGAGGAUCAAAGAUAUUUUCGAAAAUAGACCUGAGGUCUGGAUAUCACCAAUUGAGAAUGGCAUCAAACGAUGUACCUAAGACUGCUUUCAGAACUCAUUCAGGACACUAUGAAUACUUAGUGAUGCCUUUUGUCCUCUCAAAUGCACCAGCUACUUUUCAAGGUCUAAUGAAUUUUGUCUUUCAGAAAUAUCUCAGGAAACAUGUGCUUGUUUUCUUUGAUGAUAUCCUGAUUUACAGUAGAAGUAUGGAAGAUCAUGUUAGACACUUGAGAUCUGUUUUUGUAGAGAUGGUGAAGUAUCAACUUAUAGCUAAGGAAAGCAAGUGUUUCUUUGGGGUGCAACGAAUUGAAUACCUUGGCCAUUUUAUUACAUCUGAAGGAGUGUCUACAGAUCCACAAAAAGUUGAAGCCGUAUGA